GCUCGUAGAGGGGAGGGUUCGCGUGUUUCACUACGUUGGCUUUUCUCCCAGAAAGAUUUCGGUGUGGGAAUUUCAAUUUUACAUUUCUGAGGCAGUCCGAGGCUCUUUAACCGGAGACCACAUCCUCAAAGUUUCGCCGAGCGCGUCUAGACGGAACAGUGUGCCGGGCGUGAUGACGACAGAGGUGGGAUCAGACACAGACGUGAAGAAGGAACCGGAGAAGGUUCCUGAAGUCCAGCAGCAGACAGACCAGCCCGACGAACCCGCUGACAGCGCCGCCUCGGCCAGCGCCGACCAACCACAGGAGGAGAGCCAGAGCGCCGAGGCCAAGAGCGAUCAGGAAGCAUCUCCGUCUCCGGAGCCCAGCAGUCCUCCUGCUGCCGGCGGCCAGAAGAAAGAGAAGGGCAUCUCCCGCUUCCUGCCUCCAUGGCUUAAACGACAGAAAUCACAGAGCCAGGACAAGCCCGACGAGAGCUCAGCGCCACCCAAGCAGGAGAGCGUGGAGGUCGUGAAGGAGGAGCAGGAGGAGACGAACCAGCCGAAAGAGGAGGUGGACGGAGGAGGCGCAGUGACCACCAGCACAGAGCAGACAGAGGAGGUGAAGGAGGUGAGAGAGGAGAGCAGGGCAGAGGAGCUGCAGCCAGAGGAGAAGGAGAGAGAGGAGGAGAAGUCUAUUGGCAGUGCUGACACACAGCCUGUGAGAGAAGAGAAAGAGGACGAAUCAGAGGUGGAGGAGAAAGAGGAGGAGAAGAAAGAGGAGGGGAAGAAAGAGGAGGAGAAGAAAGAGGAGGGGAAGAAAGAGGAGGAGAAGAAAGAGGGGAAGAAAGAGGAAGAGCAAGUGAUCCAGCAAGAGGCGAGUGUGCUGUCAACGCUCAAAGUCAACAAGAAGAUGAAGAUGGUGGUGUGUCACGUGACCCUGCUGGACGGCAGCCAGUUCUCCUGUGAGGUGGAGAAACGGGCGAAAGGCCAGUACCUGUUUUUUCAAGUCUGCGAUCACCUGAAUCUGCUGGAGAAGGAUUACUUCGGCCUGAGCUUUAAAGACAACGCUGAGCAGAGGUGCUGGCUGGACGUCACCAAGGAAAUCAAGCGGCAGAUCCGCAACUCUCAGUGGCAGUUUGUGUUCAGUGUGAAGUUUUACCCUCCGGACCCGUCGCAGCUGACCGAGGACAUCACGAGGUAUCUGCUGUGUCUCCAGCUGAGGCAGGACAUCGCGUCGGGCCGGCUGCCCUGCUCCUUCGUCACACACGCCCUGCUGGGCUCCUACACCCUGCAGGGGGAGCUCGGGGACCACGACCCCGAAGAGCAUCGUCUGGACUACAUCUCAGACUUCCAGUUCGCCCCGAACCAGACCAAGGAGCUGGAGGAGAAGGUGGUGGAGCUGCACAAGUCCCACAGGGGAAUGACUCCAGCCCAGGCAGACGCACAGUUUCUGGAAAAUGCCAAGAAGCUCUCCAUGUACGGCGUAGACCUGCAUCACGCCAAGGACUCUGAGGGAGUGGAUAUCAUGCUGGGAGUGUGUUCAAAUGGUUUGCUGAUCUAUAAGGAUCGUCUACGGAUAAACCGCUUUGCUUGGCCCAAAAUCCUCAAGAUCUCUUACAAACGCAGUAACUUCUACAUCAAGAUCAGGCCGGGAGAGGCCGAGCAGUUCGAGAGCACCGUCGGCUUCAAGCUGCCCAACCACCGGGCUGCCAAAAGAGUUUGGAAAGUCUGCGUUGAGCACCACACCUUCUUCAGGUUGGUUUCUCCUGAACAGCCCACCAAGACCAAGUUCCUGACUCUGGGCUCCAAGUUCCGCUACAGCGGCAGAACGCAGGCGCAGACGCGACAGGCCAGCUCCCUCAUCGACCGGCCCGCGCCCGCCUUCCAGCGCACCUCCAGCAAGCGCAUCUCUCGCAGUCUUGAUGGAGCUCCUGUGGUGAACGUGAGUGAUUACAGUCAAGCGGACGGCGCUGGAGAGAACAGCCCGGCUCUUGAGCUCAACUCUGACUCUAAGAGUCAACAGGUGGAGGUCAUGGAGAGGCCAAACGCGGAUGCAGCCACAUCCAUCACCUCUGAAACGGCCUUUGAGACGGAUGGCGCUGGCGCUCCUCAGAGAAAGAGCAAGUUGAGAGUGCAGGGGGAAAAUAUAUAUGUCAGACAUAGCAAUUUAAUGUUGGAGGACUUGGAUAAGACCCAGGAGGAUGUGUUGAAACAUCAGGCUAGCAUUAGUGAGCUCAAGCGCAGUUUUAUGGAGGCUACGCCCGAGCCCAGGCCCAGUCAGUGGGACAAGCACCUGACGGGCAGCCCUGCCACCACCCUGCGCCUGCAGACUCAUGGGAGUCUGGAAGAGGAGCUCACCUCUCUCUUUCUGAGUAAGGCGUGCUUCUCUGGGCUGGCUGGCUCCUGCAGUACCGCAGCUGCUCCAGCAGAGGUUCCACAGAACACCCCUCCCCGUCCCGGGACGGACAGCAGAGACGCCAGCAAGAGCGCAGAGGUCAAACCUGAAGGCAACGAGGUCAUAGAGGUCGUGGAAGAGACCGUUGUCAUUGAGGAAGUCGUCAAAGCCAAACCCAAAAGCUCCACCCCUGAGGCAUCGGUUCCCGUGGAGACGGAGGUCAAGGAGGAGAGGAGUUUAUCAUCGGACAGCGAGAGUGAAGAUGAGGCGGAGUACCACGCUCAGCCACCCAGCACGAGCAUCUCCACCCAGCAGAUCAAAGAAGAGCCCGAGGAGGAACAGGAGGCGGAGCUUUCUCAACAAGCCCCGCCCUCUGCGAUAGAGUCACAGCCAUCCGCAGAAUCAGUUGAUCCCGGCCCUGCGGCGGAGGAAGAGAAAGCAGCGCAGCCUCAUGAGGAAGAGCGUAGACAAGCCACUGCUAACGCGGACGAAGCUCCCAAUGGACACGCCCCCCAAGGUGAAGCCCCGCCCUCUCCCCAAACAGCUGCCGCCGAGGAGGAGGAGCCACACAUCGUGAACGGCAGCGCUUCUCGUGUGGAAACAGAGCACCUGCCGCAGGUUAUUUGUUGUUCGGAGCCUCCUGUUGUGAAGACUGAGAUGGUUACGAUCUCAGACACGUUUGCUGCUCAGAAGACGGAGAUAUCCACUAAGGAGGUCCCCAUCGUUCACACAGAAACCAAGACCAUCACGUACGAGGCCGCCCAGCUGGAUGGUAAUGGAGACGGGGAGCCAGGCGUGCUGAUGACUGCUCAAACCAUCACCUCCGAAUCGCUCUGCACCACCACCACCACACACAUCACGAAGACACUAAAGGGCGGGCAGUCCGAAACUCGCAUUGAGAAGCGCAUCGUCAUCACGGGAGACUCUGACAUUGAUCACGAUCAGGCGUUGGCCCAGGCUAUAAAGGAGGCCAAAGAGCAGCACCCUGACAUGUCCGUCACUCGCGUGGUGGUCCACAAAGAGACGGAGCUGGCCGAGGACGAGGACUGAAGGACAGAGCUGAAGUGCGGCUCAGAGUUCAUCCGUUGUGUGGAGGAGAGAAGAGCGGCUCUGAUCCUGUACAGAAACACAUCUUCAUCUUCUGUCAUUCAAACCAGAACCACUUAGCUAACAUUUGUAGCAUUUUAUUUUUUUAGUCUUCGUUUUAUCUCUUUCCCUCAAAAGAUCGUCUUUACCAUUUCUAAAGACCAGAUUUAUGUUGUUUUUAUUGUUAAGUAGUAAUUCACAUUCCUAGUUCAUGAGGAGGAGUAAUGGAUCAGUUUGUGGUGGAGGAGCAUGUGAAGAUGAUGUUGAGGGGGUGGGCUGGAUGGGUUUUCCUGAUGUCUCAGAGUGUUUGUAAGAGACCAGCACAGGACGGUGGCACUGUGUGAUUUUCAUCAUUCCUCAGUGCAGUCAAACACACAAACAUUCCCCCGAGGAGAGGACGAGCAGCUCUACCUCUCAGCGACAAGAUGCAACGCAAAAAACUCCAUUCACCAUGAACCCUAGGCAGCUCUUUGGGAACUUUCUCAUUUCCAGCCAUUUUCUGGCACCAAUAUUCAGAUAAAAAAAAUUUUUUAUUUGUUUUAAAUCAGAUGAUUUCCCACGAGGUCACUCUGUUUGCCCUUCUGAAUCUUUUUCAUCUGUUUCUGAUACGUGUGUUUAAAUGAACAAAUGAGAUUGAACUGCCAGCGCUGAUGUUUUUAGCGGCCGAGCGAGGCCCGUGCUCCCUGCUCUCUCAUUCUCUCUCUCUCUCUCUCUCUCUCUCUCUCUCUCUCUCUCUCUCUCUCUCUCUCUCUCUCUCUCAUCUGCUCCAUCAACCUUGUGUAUAGCAGUUAAUGGUAGAAUUGACUCUUUCUUUUUUAAGCAGCUUGGAUGAUCUGUCAUGUUUUUAUGCCCCACCCGACCCUUUGUGUAACACUCUUCCCAUUAAAGUUUGUUUAUUCUCUAAUAA